AUGGAAAAAGUACAAAAAAAAAAAGUUUUUGAAAAGAUCGCCGCCGACUUCAAAGCAAAGUCAGAUUUAAGAGUGUCUGGUGUCCAGUGCCUAAGGAAAUGGGCGAAAUUAGAGGCUAAACAAAGGGAGAUUGUUGAUCACAACAAAAAGAGCGGAAAUGGUACACAUAUGUGGAAAUAUUAUGCACAAAUGGAAGAUUGUAUUGGUGGACAAAGUAGUGUCAACCCAACUUUCACUCUGGAAUCAUCUUCUUCUACAGUCAUUUCUGAUUAUGGAGAGAGCUCAUCUGAAGACGGCGAAAAUUCAUGUGCACCACCCGACAAAAAGAAGGCUCCUUCCAAACGCCCUUCAAAGAAACGAAGAAGCAGAUUCUCAGCGUCCGAAAUGCUUGAAUUUCUCAGGGAAUAUCAAGUCCCACCCCCCAUGGAAGGAGGGUGUCCCAUUGGAAGUCUCCUAAUGUGA